AUGCACGGGUGCGAUGGCGGUUUAGGUGAUGGGUGCCAGUGGCUUAAGUAUGGGAGGCGCCAGAGGCACGGGUGCGCGCUCUUUGUCUGCACUGCGGGCAUCGCAGGUUUUUCAACUUCUCUUCGCAACUCAGAAGCGGAAACGCCAAACAACUUCACACACACACACACGAUGGCACAGAUGCUCGACAAAUGGGCCGUGACCAUGGCACUGGGCGGGAAGCCCGUGGUUAAUACCGGCGGCAGCUCGUUCCCCGCGCUUUCAGCGCCCGACGGCAAGCACACCAUUGUCGUUUUGGCACACCAGAUCAGGGUUUACUUUCUCCAAACAAGGCAAUGCAUCCGCACGGUGAACGUGGACUUGUCUCAGGUGAUCGGCGUCUACUUAGACCCUAGCAAUGACUCGCAGAUCGUGGUGUUCACAGACACAGAAGUCAAACACAUCAACUGGCGCGAGAAGGUUGAGCAGGUUGUUGUUGCAACACAAACAAUUUUGCCGCCAAUCCCCGGUUUGUGCGACGUGUUCAGCGUGGGCAAAGACCACUACUUUGCCGCGGCGCGGACCGGCACCGACUUUACCUUGUACGAGAUUGAGCGCGAGAGCGCCCGCAGCGAGGCCUUGUUUUCGCGCACAGGGGUAGUGGCACACGCCGUCAGCGACGACUGGUUGGCGCUUGCGCUGGAGACUGCAGUCGAGCUUUAUCCGCUUGGCGAAAGCGUCAGAGAAAACACAGAGACAGAGAAGAUAGAGACUAAGACAGAGACAAAGAAGACAAAGACAGAGGCAAAGAAGAAGGCAGAGACAAAAGCAGAGACAAAGAAGGCGGAGACAAAAGCAGAGACAAAGAAGAAGGCGGAGACCAAGACAGAAGGCGAAGCCGAAUCAAAAAAGAACCAGGCAGACGGGAACAAGAAGGGCAGUGGCUGCAAUAAUGGCAGUGGCUGCAAAAACAUUUACAGCGCCCCGCUGCAUGUUCUUCCCCACACCGCGCGCCCUAUCACGGCCAUGGCUGUGGGAAACGACGCGGCAGUUGCGCUUGGCACCCGCAGCGGAAGCAUUCUCCUCGUGCGCCCGGCCGCCGCGCCCCGCACGCUCCGCUGGCACAUGGAGGCCGUGCGUGCCGUAGAGUUCUCGCGCGACGGCGCCUACCUCGUUUCGGGCGGUUCCGAGAAGGUGCUUGUGUUCUGGCACUUGGUCCUGGACAACACCCAGUUCCUCCCGCGUCUUGGCGGCGCCAUCGACCGUAUCCACGUGGACGCGCGCAGACCAGACCUCUAUCUGUUGGCUUUGCGCAUCGAAGACGGCCACGGCACGCCAUUGCAUGAGGUUGUUGUUGUUCUGGGCGUGGAUUUGGAGUCGCGCCUUGCUGUCAGCCCUGUGCGGCCCGCCUACGCGGUGGCCGUGCGCAAGGUCACGGCGCGUGCUCGCCGGAAGUGGUCAAAGGGCGCCGACGGCCUGGUGGUUGCGCACGAUAUCACAGCUCCUGCCGUUGUGCACCCUACGACGCGCCACCUCUACUUUGCUCGGGGCAGCGCCAUCCAGGCAUUCGACCUCGUUCGCGGCGAACAGGCGUUCGUGCAACAUGCGGCUCCACAGAUUGCCAUGGGCCGCGUGCGCAGUGAGCACAAGCUUGUCGACCCCAACGUGCUGCAUGUGGCCUUUUCGCCCGAUGGCGACUGGAUGGCCACGUUCGACAGCAUGCCUGCGCUGUCGCACGACAACUUGAUGCUGAAGCACGACGAGGCACACGCAUUGAAGUUCUGGCGCACCACGCCGCGCGGCUGGGAAUUGGCGCUGAAGAUUGUUGAUCCGCACGGCGCCACGCGCGUGGGUGCGUUGGUGGCCGGGCCGCACGCGGGCGCCGACGCCAGCUUCGUCACCGUGGACGUGCGCGGCGGCAUUCGUGUGUGGCGCCCACGCGCAGCCCUGGACGCUCGGGCGGCACAAACGGUGUGGACGCUUCGGCGUGCAACCGCUUCGGGCGCGCCGGCGGCUUCUGUGGCCGCAUGCUUCAGCACUGACGCAUCUGUGCUCGUGGUGGCCCACGGCGGUGUGUCUACUGCCCGCGAUCCGCAGCUGCUUGCGCCGCUUCCGUUGGCGUUGCCUGCUUGUGAUCUGCCCGUGGAGCUGCUUGCGCUGGUGGGAGUGUACUUGGUGAUUGCUUCGGCAACGCGGCUUGUGCUGUUUGACAUGGUCCGCGGCCGUGUGACGGCUCUUGCUGCUCGUGUGUCUUCGCCAGGCGCAGGGAACUUGAUGGCGGUGGACGCAACGCGCAAUCUCGUUGCAAUGGCAUGUAACACGCUUGUGGCUACGCCCGAGCCCGAGAUCCGCGGCAAGAUCCUCGUGUUCCAUCCAGACUCCUUGGAGCCCGUGCACGUGGCUCAACAUUCUACUGGUGUGGCCUCUGUGGUGGCCACGCCGCUGGGAUUUGUUUUCGUUGACACCGAGGCUCGUGCGGGCGUUCUUGCGCCUGUUGCCAAGGCUCUCGAGGCACCAGAGACAGAUCUUGCUGCACAGAUGGAGGCAAUGUUGGUGGGUGCAAGAGCUGCGGCCAACAUGAUGUACACGAGGAAAGCCGAGACCCGCACGCUCGAUGCCGCUGCGGAGAAGGGUCCGUGGACAGGCCAUGCUCUCGUGGACGUUGCAUCGUUACAGCCUGUGUUUGCCAACACGGACGGCAUGGGCAUGGACACAUUGUUCGAGCGUGUCGUGCGUGCGCUCCAUUGA